GAUUAUGUUGUCUCCUCUUAUACUAGAUCAGCAAAUUGAGCAAGUUGGAAUGACUUCGGGAGUUCCUGUCACCCAAACUCAGGCUUCAACAAAAACUUCGCAGGAGCUUUCUUGUGAUGAACCAAACUCUGUAUCAAGUGAACUCCAUGAAGAUAGUACAUCUACACAAGAUACUACUAAUAGACCUCCGCAUAAUCUGGUUACUACCUUGGAAGCAUGGAAAGACAACUCCAACAAGACUAUUCCUAACAAAGCAGCGCCACUAAGGAGAUCGACCCGACGAACAUCUGAACAAUUAAGAAAACAAUUGGGCAAAAUUAGAGAUGCAAGAAUCUCUAAGGAACUGGAAUCUUCAGAGCCUCCGGUGAACAAAAAAGCCAAACUGGCUCUGACUGGGAAGAGCUCUGGGAGUAGACCAGGGAGUGUAUCUCGGACUCGAACUAAAUUGACUUUGCCAGGCACACCAACAGUUCUCAAGAGGAAGCAACACAUGGGGUCAAAAGGGAAAAGCACAGAAGAGUUGGAGAUGGAAAAAAUUGCUCAAUUUCAGAAAGAAAUAGCAGAGCAGAGAAAACUUAAUGAGGAAUCACUGAAACUGGCCAUAUCUGGUGCAGGUCAGAACAAGAAAAGAACACACAUCCCACCUACAAAACCAAUGGAUAUCAAGUUUCACACAGAUGAACGCAUUAAAAUGCACAAUGAAAGUCAAGUGGACAGAGUAUACAAGGAAGUAGACUUCACCAGUGAACUACGUAAACAUCAGCAAUUUCCUAUGCGUGGACACAAAGGAGCUACGGUACCAAAGCCUUUCAACCUGUCAUGUGGGAACAAAAGAAAGCAUGAGGCUACAAACAACCAAGAAUAUGUUUCUCUGGCACAGCAGGUGGAAGCAUUUCAGUGUCGCACACCAUCGCGAUACCAGCUGAGGAGCAGUCAUCAGGUAGAAGAAGGUCAUUGCAAGGUCUCUGAAAAGACCAAGCUAACUAGACCACAUACUCCCAUGCUGGCAACUAAGACCCGUGCUCGGCCAACAACUUGCAAGAGUACAGCUGAAAUAGAAGCUGAAGAACUGGAGAAACUACAGUCGUACAAAUUUAAAGCCCAGGAAGUAAAUCCCCGACUUCUCGAGGGAGGCCCCAUUCUUCCAAAGAAGCCACAAGUUAAGGAACCAACAAAAGCUAUUGGUUUUGAUCUGGAGAUAGAGAAGCGCAUCCGUGAGAGAGAGGAAAACAGAAAGCCGGAAGAGGCAGAGGAUCACAGUUUCCACUCGCGUCCUUGUCCUACUAAGAUACUAGAAGAUGUAGUGGGAGUUCCAGAGAAAAGGCUGCUACCCAUAACCAUGCCUAAAUCCCCAGCUUUCACAAUGAAGAACAGAGUGAGAAUUCCACGCAAGGAGGAGAAGGUAAGAACAUAG